AUGGCCAGCGAGGUGAUGCAGCAGACAUCAUACCAAAGUAGUACUAGUGGUGGUGCAGCAUCGGCACCGGCACCAAGCAGUUCUGUUGUUUAUACACAUUUUGGUCUCAAACGACAGGAACUCUGGUUAGGACUCCAGCAACGAUUUGGAGCUACGCCCAUUUUCAGUGGGGUAUUAGGCAAUCAGAAAGGCAAACACGUAAAUGAGGAUAGCGAGAGUAAUGAGGAAGCCGAGGACGGAGAUGUUGUACAGGACAAGUACUUGUCAAAUGAACCUCGUUGUACAGAACGCGUUCGAUGCAAGUCGGCAGCAUCGGCGGACGGACGAAAGGGACGAGUUAAUCUUGAGGACUCGGAACUGCUUAGUGCUGCGCAAAAGGCGGGUUGUUUUAGCUACAUUAAACGAAGAUAUGGCAUUGCACUGGCAUUUGCAUCCGGUGAUCCGACAGACGAGAUUCGGGAGCCUAGCAAUAGCUCUCCACUGGAAGAUUACGACGGUAUAGGUUCUAACUGGGAGGCAGCUAAAGCUAAGAACGGCGUGCAGUUGUUUAAAUCCAAACGUUCACGGUGCGAAGUUCGUGGAGUCACGCAUGUGAAUGCAUCAGUCAAGAACGUCAUGUCCGUUUUGGCAGCCGGUGAGACAACCGAGGCAUUUGCAGAAGCACAGAAGAUCAUUUUGGGAUCGGACCAAGUGAUCGAGGCCAAGGUCUUGGCUUCCUGUGCUCAGCCGACGCACUCAAACUACUUCCACUGUGGACUCAAGUAUCAGGCUAUUAAGAACCCGUUUGGCACCAUGCCGCUGGAUCUCGUGUACUUGGACUAUACGGACGUAAGUACCUCAUCCGACGGCAAAUUGAUCGGCUACCGCAUCAUUGAAUCCAUCCGCGUGCCGGAGCUACGACCAUCACCAAAGUAUGUGCGCGCGUCAAUCCGUUGCGAGGUAUAUACUGUGCAGGAGACUAGUACACCAGGUGUUGUGAUUGUGACGUUUGCAUCGCAUCUUGAUCCAAAGAGUAAAUGCUCGUCUAGACGUUCUCAAUGGUUGGAACAAGCUGGAGUGCGUCUUUCAAACUUGCGUGCUCAUGCCGAGCAGACCAGCAUUGGCAAUCACUUUUUGUCGGAAAACAACAGGGAAGGGAUCCGUAAACACCGCUCAUUCACGACUGGAGACAAGGACAAGCAACAACAGAAUUGCAAUGUAUGUCAGCACGCCUUUUCUUUUCUUCGCAAGCGUCACGACUGUCGUCUCUGUGGUGAAGUAAGCUGUGGUCGCUGCUGUCGAAAGAUGCCUGUGUUUGUGGACGCAGAGUCUACGCGUGUCAAGGUCUGUCUCAGCUGUAUCCUGCACUCAAGGAACAAUCCAGAUGAGAUUCGACGCGGUGAACUUGGCCAACCUUCACGUCGUCGUGAUAUCAGCAACUCGACAUUCAUUAUCUACGAUGAGUAG